AUGAUACUUCAACAAUCAAUACUACACAAUGAAGACGAGAAGGAACAAAUAAGAAGAGAUUUUGAUGUUUUCAGUAUUGAAGAAGUAUUUUAUUUGCCGAUUAUAAUAGUUAAAUAAUGAAUUGAGAGUUUAAAACAAUUAGGAAUUGUUACGAAAAGUUCAUGAUUUAUUUUUUGAUGUUAAGGCAGAAGAUUAAGAUGUCUAUUAUGAAGAGUUAUAAUCUCAAAUGUAAGAUGAAUAUGAAGACAUGAUAACAAAUUAUAAGACUAUUUCCAAUUCUUAUUUGAAACUCAUUCCUUAAAGUGAUCUAUAAUUGGCUUAAAAUUAUACAGAUUAGUAUUAAUAUAAUAUUAAUUAGAUAUCCAUUCUUAGGAAUCAGAAAACAACUGUUAGUAUUUUAAAAGAGAAUAUCAUUAUUUGCAAACAAAAUUGUUACUAAUACGAUAUUUGAAAUCAUAACAAUCUUCAUUAUUAUAUUUAAUUCUGUCAUGUUAGCUAUGGAUGAUCCUACAACUGAAGAAUAAACAGAUUUUGCUAAUUUGAUGGAUCAAAUAUUUUUAAUCUAUUAUACAAUUGAAGCAAUCUUAAAAAUCAUUGCAUAAGUAAUUUAAAUAUUAAAUUAGGGGUUAAUAUGGCCAAAAAAAGCUUAUUUAAGAGAAACCUGGAACAUACUUGAUUUCUCAGUUAUCAUUACUGCUUAUUUACCCUAUUUUGUCUCAUCAAACUCAUUAAAUCUCAAUUCUUUACGAUCCUUUCGAGUUUUAAGGCCACUCAGAACUAUAUCCUCAAUUAAAUCUCUUAGAAUGAUUCUGUUGGCUUUGUUUGCAUCUUUAGCUUAAUUAAGAGAUGCUGCGAUAGUAUUAAUUUUCUUUUAUACUAUCUUUGCUAUUGCUGGAGUACAAUUGUUUUCAGGAUAUUUAAAACGUCGUUGUUUUAGUGAUAUUGGUAUAACAUUAAUAACAUAAAUUGAAAAAGAUGCUUAUUGUACAUCAGAUUCAGAUUGUCCAACUAAUUAUCUUUGUGGAAAAUAAACUAGUAAUCCUUAAAAUAAUCUAAUAAAUUUUGAUACAUUUGGUUGGGCAUUUUUAUAAGUUUUUGUUAUUACUACAUUAGAAGGGUGGUCAUAAAUCUAAGAAGCAGUAAUUCUCACAUUCUCUCAAUUUGUUAUUUUCUAUUUCUUAUUAGUGGUAAUUGUGGGAGCCUUUUUCCUUGUGAAUUUAACUUUAGCAGUUAUUAAAUUAAACUUUAAACCUGAAAAAAUUGAAGAAGAAUUAAAAUUAAUUUAAGAAGAAAUAUAAUUUUAUGAUUAUUGGGAAUUAAGAAGACUUGGACUCUAUAAAGUGAAAAGGUAUAAGGUUGAUACUACUAAUUAUGGUGUUACUAUAUAAAAAUCAACUUAUCCAUAUUAAAUACGUCGAAAAUCUAAGAAAAUGAACACAGUAAAUUUUAAUAAUAUUGAACACAAUUAUAGAAUAUAAAAUCAUAAAAAUAUAUAAUUUAAAGCAAUUUAAUAAGCCAAAUAUUACAGUAAAUCAAUUAAUUUGAAAGAUAAAGUAAAACUCUAAGGUAUCUAUGGAAUGGGUAAUAUAGAUAAAGAUUAAUAGAAUACAAAUAAUAAUAAAUAUGAUACAGUCUUAAAAUAAAAUGAUAAUCAUUCAGUAUCAUCAAAAACUAAUGAAUAAAAAAAUAAAUCAUCUGAAAAUUUAACUCAUAGUGAAAAUAAUUAAGAAAAAUAAGAUAAAUAAUAAAGAAUAGCUUCAGUUAAAUCAAAAAAUUAAACUAAUAGUAUAUAUAGUAAAAAUGGUGAUCAAGAUGAAAAUUAAAAACUUGAUGUUCCUAAUUAAAGAAAAAGAAAAUCUACAUCUCAAUAAUUUUCAAAUUUUAUUAGAUCACCUUCUAAAUAUUCUAAAACUGUCAAAAUAGUCAAUAAAUAAGAUAGUGUAGAUUUACUUAGUAACACAGAAUUUAGUAGUAUUAAUUUAAGUGAACUUUCUGAAUAGUAAUUAGAUAAUCGACUUUAAGAGAUAGCUGUUGAUUUAGAUUAAAUUAGAUUAGAGAGUGCUUAAUAAAAUUUAAAAGAAAAUGAAUUUAAGGAGAUGAAAACAUUAAGAAAAACAGAAGCUAAGAAAAUUAAGGAUUUACUAUAAAGUGAAUAAUAUGAUCAUUAAUUUGAUGAAAAGAAUCUUAAACUUAAAUCAAAAUUACAUAAUAUAUAAUUUUAUCCAAUUAUUAAAAUGGAACAUGAAUAAUAUACUAGUACAGAAGAAGUACUUGAAACUAAAUACAUUAAGGAAUUGUAAUUAUAAAAAUAAGCUUAAGAACAUAAAUUUAAAACUAUGAGUGUUAAAGUUUAAUAUUGUUUUAAAAAUUCUAAAUAAAUACUUUAUAGUUAAUAAUCUCAAAAAUCUAAUAAUAAAAAGUAAUAAUAAAUUAUUUAAAAUUUAAAACAAUCAAAGGCUAAGAAAUUCAAAAUAUUUCAUGGGAUAAGAAGAGUAAAACCUAUAUUAGAUGAUAUACAUCCAAUUGAAGAAUUUUUAAUGUUGUCUGAAUUAGUAGAUUCUGAAACUCGUCGAGAAGAAGAAUAAGAUAUUAUUGAUGUAUAAACUUCAUAAAAUCCUUUAAUAGACACUUAUGAUCAUAUGAAAAGAAAAAAAAAAAUAUAAAUUAAUCAAAAAUAAGAAUUAACAUAUUAAGAAUUAUAAUCUUAUUUUUCUGAUAGUACUGAUUGUAUUGUAGAUCUUAAUAAAAAUAAUACAGUAAUUAAAGAAAUAGAACAAAAUAAUAAAAACAUCUUUUUAUCAUAUAAUGAAAGAGAGGCAUAGAGAGCAGUAUUUUAUCAUGAUUACUAUGAGAUAAGAAAAAAAGAUACUUUAUCAAAUGGAAUUAUUUAAGCAAUAUCUUCUAUUGAGGAUGUCUUACUUGUGUCAGAUUAUACAUUUUUUGAUUAAAAGUUUGCUAUUUAAAUGAAUUCUGUUAUGAAGGCAAUGAAUUAUGAUGAUAAUGCUUAUUUUAAAUGGAUUAAAGGAUUUACUGGUUUAUUAUUAGUAAGUUAAAGGAAUUUAUAUCAUGUAGUUUAAUCAAGUUAUUUUGAAGGAUUAAUGAAUUUAGCUGUGGCAUUAAACACAUUAAUUUUAGGUUUAGAUGGAUUGAUUUCAGAAGAAAGUAAUGCACUUCUUAUCUAAUUUAAUUUUACAUUUACUAUUCUAUUUACUAUUGAAUUAGGUUUAAAGAUGAUGGCUUUAGGGGCAAUUAAUUAUAUGAAAGAUACUAUGAAUAUUUUUGAUGCAUUGAUAGUGUGUUUAAGUUUAGUUGAACUUUUCAUUUUGGGUGGAUCAAAUGGAAAGUCUUCAUUAUCGGCAUUCAGAGCUGUUAGAAUAUUUAGAGCUUUUAGAGUAUUAAGAGUAACAAAAUUAAUGAAGAGUUUAUAAUUUAUGGGUUUCUUAAUAAAAGUACUCACAAACUCUUUUUAAUCUUUAAUGUACAUACUAUUAUUAAUGAUUAUAUUCAUUUUUAUAUUUACUCUAUUGGGAAUGUCCUUUUUUGGAGGAUAAUUAACUCAUACUCCUAGUAGAGAAAACUUUGAUAAUUUAUAGAGUUCAUUCUUAGUAGUAUUUUAAGUAUUGACAUUAGAAAAUUGGAAUUCUCUUUUGUAUGAAUUACUUUUAUAGCCAUUAAGUCCUGUUAUUACAGUAAUAUAUUUAGUAUUAUGGAUUAUGAUAGGAAAUUAUGUUUUCUUGAAUCUGUUUUUAGCUAUUUUAUUGGAGAAUUUUGAAGAAGAAUAUAAAGUAGAUAAGACAGGAUUGGAAUCUGAUAUUUAAUUGGGAAAGAAUUAAUCAACAACUUAAGUAUUGCCUAAUUCUACAUUAUAACAUUCAGGAAUUAAUAUAAAUGUUAAUAGCACUUAAAUUUAAUUAACUAAUUAACCUAUUUUGAGAAGAAGGUCAUAAGUAAAGAUAACUUUUCAUAAUGAUGAAACAAUAUAGAAGAAGAAAGAACCUGCAUUUAUUUAUUUUAGUGAAUAAGGAAUCUGUUAAAAUUCAUUAUUUAUUUUUAGUUAAUAAAAUUAAUUUAGAAAAAUUGCAUAUAGAAUAGUAAAGGAUACUAAAUUUGAAGGAUUUAUUCUUAUAUUGAUUUUUCUUACUAGUAUGAAAUUAGUUUUGGAUACUUAUAUUCCAGCAUAUGGAGAAAUGAGAUUUUAUUCAUUAUAAUUUGAUAUAGGAUUUGCUAUAUUAUUUGGUUUAGAAUGUAUUCUAAAAAUAGUGGCAUUUGGAUUUGCUUAAGAAGAAGCUUCUUAUUUGAGAGAAUCUUGGAAUGUUUUGGAUUUCUUUAUUGUUAUAGCAUCUUUUGUAGAUGUCAGUGUAUCUAGUAUCAAUUUAAGUUUUGUUAAGAUUUUGAGAUUAUUGAGAACAUUAAGACCACUUCGAUUCAUUACUCAUAAUAAAUCAAUGAAGAUUUUAGUAAGUGCUUUAUUAUAAUCAAUUAAUGGUAUUUUUAAUGUUGGAAUAGUCAUAAUUCUAUCUUGGUUAAUGUUUGCUAUUUUAGGAGUAAGUUUGAUGAAAAACAAACUUCAUUAUUGUAAUUUAAAUGAUGAUCAGACAUAUUAUUAUGGUAAAGAAGAUUGUAUUAAUAAAUAUUAAGGAGUAUGGGAUAAUAGAGAUAUUAAUUUUGAUAAUGUAUUAUAGGGAAUGUUAACAUUAUUUGUUUUAUCAACUUUAGAAGGAUGGCCAGAUUAUAUGUAUUAUUUUAUUGAUGCUGAUGAAUCUGGACCAAUUUUUGAUGCUCAAUUACAAUUCUCUUGGUAUUUUGUGGUUUUUAUUUUAUUUGGAGCUAUGCUAUUGAUUAAUUUAUUUAUUGGUGUUAUUUUAGUAAAUUAUCAUUUAGCAGAAGAGGCAUCAAGAGAUUAAAAUCUAACUUAAACAUAAAGUGAUUGGAUAGAUUUAUAAAAGUUAAUUAUCCAUUCAAAUCCAAAUAUGGCUAUGUUUUUUCCUCCUGACAAUAUUUUUAGAGCGAUGUUUUUUAAAUUGAUAAAAAAUAGGUAUUUUGAUCCUUUCAUUAUGACUAUAAUUGUUUUCAAUAUUAUCACAAUGGGUUUAGCUAAAGAGGAGGCUUCAAAAUAAUAUGAUUAAAUAUUGAGUUAUUUGAAUAUGUCAUUUACUUUUGUAUUUAUUUUGGAGGCAAUAUUAAAAUUAGUUGCUUUAGGAAUAAUAGGAUAUAUGAGAAAUAGUUGGAAUUAAUUUGAUUUUUUUGUGGUUUGUGCAUCAAUUUUAGAUUUAGUAUUAGAUUUUUCUGGGAAUUCAUUUGUAACAUUUUUAAAAGUAGGACCAUAAAUAGCAAGAGUAUUUAGAGUAUUAAGAGUUACAAGAUUAUUUAGAUUAGUUAAAUAAUUUUAAGGAUUAUAAAAGUUAAUUGAAACAGCACUUUAUUCACUUCCUGCUAUGCUUAAUGUAACAGCAUUGUUAUUUUUAGUGUUUUUUAUAUUUUCAAUUUUAGGUGUCUUUUUAUUUUAAGAUAUUAAAACAGGUUAAAUAAUUAAUGAGAUUAAUAAUUUUUAAGAUUUUCAUCAUUCAUUUGAAAUUCUAUUUUAAUGUUCAACUGGUGAAGAUUGGCAUAAAGUAAUGUUUGAUACUAUGAAAGGAGGAUAAGAAUAUAAUUCUGUAUUUUUUAUCUUAUUCAUUAUCAUUUAAUAGUAUAUUAUGUUAAACUUAUUUAUCUUGAUUAUUUUAGAUUAAUAUGAAAUCAAUUAUUUUAAUUCAGAUAAUCCAUUAAAUAAAUUUUAAGAAUUUGAAAAUAUCUUUGUAGAAAGUUGGUCAAAAUUUGCUUAUUAAGAUAAAGGUAUGAAAAUGCAUGGAACAUCUUUAGUUAAUUUAAUGUUUGAAAUGGAAUAACCAUUAGGUUAUGAACUCAAUAAAAGAUUAUAAGAAGAUAUUUAAGAAUGGAAGAAUAUCAAUCCUGAUAAUCAUGAUAUUACUUAAUUUGAUAAAUUUAAAUAAUAAUUACUUGUUGCUGCCAAAAAGAAUGUUGCUACUUAAAUAAUGAAAAUGAAUAUUUAUUCAGAUUCUGAUGGUUAUGUUAGAUAUCAUUAAGUUUUAUUUGCAGUGCUUAAGAAUUAUCUAUAAAAGAAAUUAAAUAUAAAUCUAACUGAAAUAGGAGCUAAGAAAAUUAAAUAAAAAGAAGAUGAAACAAGAUAAAAAAUUACUAAAUUUGAUACUUCCAAAUAAGAAAAUCUAGUUAAUCCAAUUGUACAAUAUUUAUUUGUACUAAUGGCCUUUAAAGCAAUGAAAAGAUAUAAAUGUAAAAAGAAAUUACAACAAUAGAAAUUAGCAUAGUUAUCUAUUGUAGGAUAAGAGUAUUUUAGUGAUGAAAAUAGUUCAAAUACUUCUUAUGAUGGAAAUGUAGAGAUUUUAUCACGUAAAACUAGAGGUAGUAAUGGAAGAGUUGAACCAGAAUAUGGGUAAGUUAAAUAUAUGUCUGUACCAAAUAAUAUGAUCUAUUAAAAUACUUUAGCAUUAGAUCAUCAAGUAGUUAGUGAAAGUGACAAUGAUAAUGAUAAAAGCAGUGAAAAUUAAUCAUCAGAUUAAGAUAAUAGUAAAUUAAAAAGAUUAUAAACAAUUACAUAAAAUAUAGAAGGAUUGAAAAGAAGAAAGAGUUAAAAGAAAACAUAUAAAAAAUGA